UAACAGAAAAAGGCCACGAGGGUUGCUUCAAACAAUUCUUCUUCUCCAGGAAGGAGUUGCUGCCACGAUUCAUCAGGCAACCAGCUCCAUUCCUCUCCCAUUAAGGAUUUUCCUUCUUCCUCUGAUCGUGCCUCGGAGAAGUCUGCCUGCCCCCUCAGACUAAUCUGGCCGCAGUUCGUCUAUCAGAUAAACUGCUGUUGAGAUCUUGACAUAGAUAUGGGUAAGUGUUUCAGCAAAAAAACUGACUCAUCACCACAUGGUGUUGGUGGUGUGAGAACCAAUGGUCACUCGCACCAAAAGCCGAAACCACCAUCCUACCAACCUCAGCAGCAACAAGUGCCAAAGCAGAAUGCCGUAGCUUUUUCAGGAGAACCUCCACGGACCCAAUAUAGCAGCCACCCCCAUCAACUGCAACAGCAAUCACAUCCCCCCCAACUGGUGGUGACCCAACACGCUCCCCUGCCCACCUUGAAGCCCCCUUUGAUUGUCCAUGACACCAUCCUUGGAAAGCCCUUUGAGGAUGUUAGGUCCUUCUACACGCUAGGGAAGGAGCUCGGGCGUGGCCAAUUUGGUGUUACAUACCUCUGCACCGAGAAAGCCACAGGCCUCCGAUAUGCCUGCAAGUCCAUCUCCAAGAGGAAGCUAUCCAAUAAGGGUGACCGGGAGGACAUCAAGAGGGAGAUAGAGAUUAUGCAGCACCUUACAGGGCAGACAAAUAUAGUGGAGUUCAGGGGGGCAUAUGAGGAUAGAGAUUCAGUGAACCUUGUCAUGGAGCUGUGCUCAGGAGGGGAGCUAUUUGACAGGAUCAUAGCUAAAGGGCAGUACUCUGAGCGAGCUGCUGCAACUAUCUGUAGGGCAAUUGUCAAUGUGGUGAGUAUUUGCCAUUUCAUGGGGGUGAUGCAUAGAGAUCUUAAGCCAGAGAACUUCUUGAUGGCUACAAAGGAUGAAAAUGCAAUGCUAAAGGCUACUGAUUUUGGGCUUUCAGUUUUCAUUGAGGAAGGGAAAACAUUGAGGGACAUAGUGGGAAGUGCAUACUAUGUUGCUCCUGAAGUUCUAAAGCGUAGCUAUGGCAAAGAGGCUGAUAUUUGGAGCGCUGGAGUUAUAUUAUAUAUUCUUCUGAGUGGCGUACCACCAUUUUGGGCUGAAACUGAUAAGGCAAUAUUUGCUACCAUCCUACGAGGGCAUAUUGACUUUGAAAGUGAUCCUUGGCCAUCAAUAUCAUACAGGGCUAAAGAUCUUGUGAGGAGAAUGCUGACACAGGACCCUAAGAAAAGAAUAACUGCGGCAGAAAUCCUUGAACAUCCAUGGCUCAGAGAUGGAGAGGCAUCAGAUAAACCUAUUGACAGUGCAGUUCUCACAAGGAUGAAACAAUUCAGAGCAAUGAACAAGCUCAAGAAGUUGGCAUUAAAGGUCAUAGCUGAAAGUCUUUCUGAAGAUGAGAUCAAAGGGCUGAAACAAAUGUUUACUAAUAUGGACACUGAUAACAGUGGCACUAUAACAUAUGAAGAACUGAAAAGUGGGUUAGCUCGGCUUGGUUCAAAGCUAUCCGAAGCUGAAGUUAAGCAGCUCAUGGAUGCCGCUGAUGUGGAUGGAAAUGGUUCUAUUGAUUACAUUGAGUUCAUAACCGCAACAAUGCACAGACACAAACUAGAAAGAGAUGAACAUUUGUACAGAGCUUUUCAAUAUUUCGAUAAAGACAGCAGUGGGUUCAUCACUAGAGAUGAGUUGGAAUCAGCCAUGCAGGAGCACGGAAUGGGCGACAUUGCAACCAUUAAAGAAAUUAUAUUGGAAGUUGACAGUGACAAUGAUGGAAGAAUCAACUACGAAGAGUUCUGUGCAAUGAUGAGAAGUGGAAUUCAGCAGCAAGGAAAACUCUUUUAGGUUGUCAACAAACAUCCAAUCGCACCAUUAACCACUGUGAUACAGUAUGGAUCGUGAUCUGGUGUUCACAGGUCAACCUUGCAUAAUUGAGGAAAGAACGAGUUGGGACAUUUUCAUUGAUGUAAAAAAAAAAAAAAUCACAUCCAAAUCAGUUGUCUAGGGAAGAACUUUCGCACUUGUGUUUGUGCAAUAGUUUGAAGAUUGCACUUUGAGACUGCUUUGUUAGAAGAGGCUUAUAAAAUUAUUGUAUACUUUAAUAAUUGUCGAGCCAUACAAUGCCCACUGAUCUGUGUACUAUGAAUCUUGUAUUGUUGGAGUAUUGUAAAAUGCUUAAAUUAUAUGGAAUUCUAGUUUCAUUGUUAUAGGGAUUUCA